AUGACGGACAAAAUGGAGGCCGUCCCGAGCGAGCAGCGUGGAGGAUGGAUGACUUUCCUCAAAUCGAUUGCGAGUUUUUCUGGCGACCUGAGCAAGAUGACUGCGCCGUCCUUUAUCCUGUCGCCCGUCUCGCUGACCGAGUAUCCCUCGUACUGGGGCGAGAAUCCCGAGCUCUGGAAGGAGAUCCAGCAGGGUGGUUCUCCCGAGCAGCGUAUGAUUGCCGUUGUGCGCUGGUUCAUCGCGACGCUAAAAGGGCAAUACACAGCGCGCAACACGAGCAUGGGUUCCGAGAAAAAACCAUUGAACCCGAUUCUUGGCGAAGUGUUCCUUGGCGCGUGGCCGGACAAGUCUGGCCGCGGGGAGACCACGUUGGUGUCCGAGCAAGUGUCGCACCAUCCGCCCAUCACUGCGUACUGCCUGAACAAUGAUGCGGCCGGCGUCACGGUCGAAGGGCACAGCGGCCAAAAGACCUCGUUCAACGGCCGUUCGAUCAAUGUCGUGCAGGUGGGGCAUGCAAUGCUUACGUUGCGCCGCCCCGAAGGCGAGGAGCGCUAUCUAAUCACUCUUCCCACGCUCACGAUUGAUGGCCUUUGGUACGGCUCGCCCUACAUUGAGAUUAUCGACUCCUCCUACAUACAGUCCAGCACGGGCUUCUUGGCCACGAUCAACUACAGCGGCAAAGGCUACUUUACCGGCAAGGCACAUACCUUCAACGCAGUUGUCAACAACGACAAGACCGGCCAGACGAUCCUCGAGGCUGCAGGCGAUUGGUCGGACGUGAGUACGGUCAAGAAGAGCGCCGUGCUUCCUCCCGGCAGCAUCUUCUGGAACGCCGGCGUGGUGCCGCGCGAGGAAAUCGCUGUCAAGCCACUCGAGGAGCAGGAUGCAUGCGAAAGCCGCAAGGUGUGGCAGCAUGUCGCCCACGGGAUCCGUACCAAGAACUACGAACUCGCCAGCAAGGACAAGUCCCGCAUCGAGAACGAGCAGCGCAACCUGCGCAAGCAGCGCGAGGCGGAAAACAACCCGCACCAGCUCCGAUUCUUUGACCGCAAUCCCGCGGACCCCUUGUAUGCGCAGCUCAUCAGGCAGUGCAAGGGCCACGCACCCACCCAGGAAAGUUUUCGCCGCAAGCGCGCGUAG